AUGGAUUUGGGCGAUUUGAAGCCGGUCAACUUUGAUACGGUACGUUGAAAACAAUAUUCGGAAUGCAAUGUCCAUUUCAUGUUAACAUUGGUCAUUCUUUUUUAGAUAUUAGUCAUUAUUUCUUAAAAUUACUGAUUGCUUUGUGAUCAUAGGUCAUUAUUUGCAAAGAUAAGUUCUUGGAGAAGAUUGAUACUCAUUUUGUAAAGACUGGCCAUUUUCUGAUAAGAGUGGAUCAAUUUUAAUAGUUCAUUUAGUAACAAUUAUUCAUCAAAACAAGUAUAAUAUUGCUAUCUUGACACAAACCUUUAAAGGCAAUGACCAAUUUCUCCCGAAUGUUCCCCAAGCUGGAUCGUACAGUCAUAGAAGGUGUGCUACGGAAACACAACGGAGAUGUGUCCGACACUGUAGACGAGCUACUGACAGUGUCGGACAGCCGAGAACAGCCUUCUCACUUAAAAGAAAAGUAAUGUUUGACCGCAUUAUUAUGUUAACCCCUCCGUUCUUUCGGUUUAGUCUAACAUGAUUGACUGUUCUUCCAUUGUAGUACUAAAAAACAAUUUGGGUCCAUGUUUCAUCUUUUUUAAAUGUUUUAACUGUCUUUUUGAACUUCAUCUUUUCGUUUUCAAACUAAUUGUUAACCUUGUAGUACCCAACACGACUUUGCUUAUGCGGCCAUGCUUCAGAAUCAAGAGUUUCUGAGUUUUCUGAGAAAGGAGUCAGCCUUCCAAAACGCUGCACAACGUAUGUUGAGUGUAAUUAAAAUUAAAAUUUGUUUUCAAGGUCGGAGAACACGACGCCGUUCCGCUUCGUACAAUCGAUACGAGAACGAUGAGUACGAGCGCAACUACGAAUACUCACGGCCGUCGACAUCGCGACUACAUGAUGAAGACUUUCAGAAAAACUAUAUUCCAGAUGGGCCGUUGAUAGGUGAGUGAUUGUAUGUUCUCUGGCUUUGAUUGUAAUCUUUUUGUUUUAUAUCGUAGUAUACAUUACUCUUUCAUGUUUUAUACAUAUAUCUCAUCAAAAAAGUAUUAUUCAGUGUAACAAACAUAACCAUCUCCACUUUAUAUGUUAUGCAGUAAAACAUUCAAACAGCUGUAUACCAACCAGUAUAUGUAUAUAGAUUGUUUCUUAAUAUUCACGGUAGUGCCAUUCUAGACCCGUGUGAAACUCCGCGCUCGAGGCUGUUAAAGAAAUUCAUGCCCAAAAUAAAUAAAAAGCCGACUGUCACAAAGCCUGAAGACCUGUAUCCACACACAGUAAUAGUGGAUUAUGUGAACGGAGAGGAGCGAUCUCUGCAGAAACUCAAAACAAUGGGAGAAGGUAAACACGAGAUUAACUCCAAGUUACGUUUUGUCGAGACCGUAGUAAUUAACAUUACAAUAAUGUUCAAUUUAAAGUCAUAAUGUAAAAUCUCUUCAAGAGAAGAUUUUAAAUCUCCAAUAACUAAAAUAAUAUUCAAAAAUCAAAUUCUAGCUUCCAAACAACUACUCUCAAACGUGGCCAAGAAGUUUCUGGCCGAGAAAAACUACAAACUACGACCACGAGAAGACUAG